AUGUCUUGGGGAUUGAAUUUUGUUGGUCAUCCUUUGGUUCUUGAAGGGUAUUGUGAUGCAAAUUGGGUAACGGAUAGUGAUGAAAUAAGCUCUACAAGUGGCUAUGUGUUUACCCUUAGUGGGGGUGCAGUUUCAUGGAAGUCUGGUAAGCAGACAUGUAUAGCUAGAUCAACUAUGGAAGCUGAGUUCAUCGUAUUGGAUCUUGCUACACAAGAGGCAGAUUGGUUGAGAAAUUUGCUUAUUGAUAUUCCUUUGUGGGGGAAGCCGUCACCACCUGUUUCUAUGCAUUGUGAUUCACAAGCCGCUAUAUGUGUUGCUAAAAAUAGCGUUUACAACGGUAAGAAAAGGCACAUAAGAGUCAGCCACGAGUCUGUGAGCCAGUUUAUUGUGAAUGGGGUUAUUUCGUUGGACUAUGUUCGAACAGAGAAAAACCUGGCAGACCCUUUUACUAAGGGUUUGAGUCGUAGACUAGUGGUGGAGUUAUCAGCUGUUAUUUUACCAACACCUAGAAGUGGGAGAGAUGCACUUGUUGUAGGACAAGUGAUUGGAGAUGUUUUGGAUCCCUUCAUUAGGUUUGUAAACCUAAGAGUGAUUUAUGAGGGUAGAGAAGUUAUCAAUGCUUCUGAGUUUAGGCCUUCUCAAAUUGUAUACCCACCAAGGGUUGUGAUUCAGGGUAAUGAUCCUUCGGCAUCAUACUUCUUUACUUUGGUCAUGGUAGAUCCUGAUGCUCCAAGCCCUGGCAAUCCGACUGAAAGAGAAUACUUGCACUGGUUGGUGACUAACAUCCCAGCGAAUGGAAGCAUCAAUUUAGGGCAAGAAGUCAUGGCAUAUGAAAGCCCAAGACCGUCAUUGGGGAUACAUAGGUAUGUAUUUGUGUUAUUCUAUCACUCGGGACUCCAAACAAUCACUGCACCAGGGUGGCGUCAAAAUUUCUUCACCAGAGAAUUUGCUGAACUCUACAAUCUCGGCAUGCCGGUAGCUGCCGUGUAUUUCACCUGUCAAAGAGAAGGUGGCUAUAGAAGAAGACGCUUUGAUUGA